UACCUAAAGUACAAACAAACCAGCCAAGAUGUGUGACGACGAUGUUGCUGCUCUCGUAGUCGACAAUGGCUCCGGCAUGUGCAAGGCCGGCUUCGCCGGUGACGACGCUCCCCGCGCCGUCUUCCCCUCCAUCGUCGGUCGCCCCCGUCACCAGGGUGUCAUGGUCGGUAUGGGACAGAAGGACAGCUACGUCGGCGACGAGGCCCAGUCCAAGAGAGGUAUCCUCACCCUGAAGUACCCCAUCGAGCACGGUAUCAUCACCAACUGGGAUGACAUGGAGAAGAUCUGGCACCACACCUUCUACAAUGAACUCCGUGUCGCCCCCGAGGAGCACCCCGUCCUGCUCACCGAGGCCCCCCUGCUAACCGUGAAAAGAUGACCCAGAUCAUGUUUGAGACCUUCAACUGCCCCGCCAUGUACGUCGCCAUCCAGGCCGUGCUCUCCCUGUACGCCUCCGGUCGUACCACCGGUAUCGUCCUGGACUCUGGUGACGGUGUCUCCCACACUGUCCCCAUCUAUGAAGGUUACGCCCUUCCCCACGCCAUCCUCCGUCUGGACUUGGCUGGUCGCGAUCUGACUGACUACCUCAUGAAGAUCCUCACCGAGCGCGGUUACAGCUUCACUACCACCGCUGAGCGUGAAAUCGUUCGUGACAUCAAGGAGAAGCUCUGCUACGUCGCCCUGGACUUCGAGCAGGAAAUGGCCACCGCCGCCGCCUCCACCUCCCUCGAGAAGUCCUACGAGCUUCCCGACGGUCAGGUCAUCACCAUCGGUAACGAGAGGUUCCGCGCUCCCGAGUCCCUGUUCCAGCCUUCAUUCGUGGGCAUGGAAUCUUGCGGUAUCCACGAGACCGUCUACAACUCCAUCAUGAAGUGCGACGUCGACAUCCGUAAGGACCUGUACGCCAACAAUGUCCUGUCCGGUGGUACCACCAUGUACCCCGGUAUCGCCGACAGGAUGCAGAAGGAGAUCACCGCCCUCGCUCCCUCCACCAUCAAGAUCAAGAUCAUCGCUCCCCCUGAAAGGAAGUACUCCGUAUGGAUCGGUGGUUCCAUCCUGGCCUCCCUGUCCACCUUCCAGUCCAUGUGGAUCUCCAAGGACGAGUACGACGAGUCCGGCCCCGGCAUCGUCCACCGCAAGUGCUUCUAAAUGUGAUCAUCUCUCAUCAGAUUGCACUACAUCUUUGUGUGUCGUGGACCAACUCGAAAAGGACUUGCGUGCGUGUGUCGCUGGUGGCACUGCAGUGUGGCUCUUGGCCCUCCUAGCUGCGCUUUGCUAGGAUGACGUCAUGUGGGGUGGCAAUUACAUCAUCAUCAUCAUUUCACCUACUUUGUCAACGGCAAAUGUAGGUCAAGUGUGUUUAGGCGCAUGUUUUAAAAAACUACAUUCAUCAAUCACGUAUAAGGCUGUUCCUCCAAUAAAGAUCUUUGUUAUA